UCAGUGGCACGUUGCACUGAGAAGCACCCCCACUCAGCCUUCCCCCAGUUCCAACUGUUGUGCUGCAGCAAGAUUCGGUGGCAUCUAGACAGAGCCCUGCAUGGAGCAGCCCUCUCGGUUCUGUUCCAGCAAGUGGUGAAAGUGAGCCCUGUCUUCCCACUGCACACAAAGGCAAGGAGCGCCUUAAAGGGACCUGCCAGCUUCUGCACGCAACUGCAAACCCCAGUCAGUGCCGGCUCAGCAGCCCCAGCUUUCGCCUAAGGAUGAGUGGGGAGGGGUCUCGAGACACCUCGGCAUCCUGAGAAGCCGGGAGAGAGGGAGCUGACAGGUGGAGUGGGUGCAGACCAUCCGUCCUGGGGGACCCGCCUGCAGCUAGCUGCGUCUUGGGAUGCUCCGCGCCAGUUGAGCCUCCUGCCUGUGGUCCAGAGGGUGCUGGAGGCGCAUCUUGCGGUAUGCCUGCGCUGGUUUGAGCCAGCGCCCAGAAGCCAGCCCGCCGCAUUCAGGCACCGCGGACUGGCUCCCGGCAGGGCUGUGUGCAGCCACCAUGAACGCUCAGCUCUAGGCUUCUGCACCAGCCUCCUGACCACAUGGAUCUGGCUGUUUAAUCAGCGGAGAUCACAGCAGGGCUGAUCUGCGCUCCAGCUGCUUCUGACAACUUCGGGCUUGGCUGUUUACUUCUGUGGGUCUCCGGGACUCCGCAGCCUCUAUGCCACUUUGCCCACUCUGAAGUCAGCCGCCAGGACCCCUCUGAAGCAUCCCCAGAAAGGGGAAGCAAGGAGGGGUUAAAAGACAGCAGAACCCCCAGCUGCCUGACCUCUGCUGACCGCCUGUGCCGUGGGGUUCUGAGAGGGGCCGUGCGCUGCCCGGGGAAGCAAUGCAAGUCUCCAUAGCCUGCACAGAGCACAAUUUGAAGAGUCGGAAUGGCGAGGACCGACUUCUGAGCAAGCAGAGCUCCACCGCCCCCAAUGUGGUGAACGCAGCCCGGGCCAAAUUCCGCACGGUCGCUAUCAUCGCUCGCAGCCUGGGGACCUUCAUCCCCCAGCAUCACAUUUCCCUCAAGGAGUCCACCGCCAAGCAGACGGGCAUGAAAUACAGGAAUCUUGGAAAAUCAGGACUCAGAGUUUCUUGCUUGGGUCUUGGAACGUGGGUGACAUUUGGAGGUCAAAUUUCAGAUGAGGUUGCAGAACGGCUGAUGACAAUUGCUUAUGAAAGUGGCGUUAAUCUCUUUGAUACUGCUGAAGUCUAUGCUGCCGGAAAAGCUGAGGUGAUUCUGGGGAGCAUCAUCAAGAAGAAAGGCUGGAGGAGGUCCAGCCUGGUCAUCACAACCAAACUCUACUGGGGUGGAAAAGCUGAAACAGAAAGAGGAUUGUCAAGAAAGCAUAUUAUUGAAGGACUGAAGGGCUCCCUCCAGAGGCUGCAGUUGGAGUAUGUGGACGUGGUCUUUGCAAAUCGUCCAGACAGCAACACCCCCAUGGAAGAAAUUGUUCGUGCUAUGACACACGUGAUCAACCAAGGCAUGGCCAUGUACUGGGGCACCUCAAGGUGGAGCGCUAUGGAGAUUAUGGAAGCCUAUUCUGUCGCACGGCAAUUCAAUAUGAUCCCACCAGUCUGUGAACAAGCUGAGUACCAUCUUUUCCAGAGAGAGAAGGUAGAGGUUCAACUACCAGAGCUCUACCAUAAAAUAGGGGUUGGUGCAAUGACUUGGUCUCCACUCGCCUGUGGAAUUAUCUCAGGAAAAUACGGAAAUGGGGUGCCCGAAAGUUCCAGGGCUUCAUUGAAGUGUUACCAGUGGCUGAAGGAAAGAAUUGUAAGUGAAGAAGGGAGAAAACAGCAGAACAAGCUAAAAGACCUUUCUCCAAUUGCUGAGCGUCUGGGAUGCACACUACCUCAGCUGGCUGUUGCAUGGUGCCUGAGAAACGAAGGUGUGAGUUCUGUGCUCCUGGGAUCAUCCACUCCUGAGCAACUCAUUGAAAACCUCGGUGCCAUUCAGGUCCUCCCAAAGAUGACAUCACAUGUUGUAAAUGAGAUUGAUAACAUACUGCGCAACAAGCCCUACGGCAAAAAGGACUACCGAUCCUAAGGCAAUGCAUGAGCCAUAGACGCUGCAUGGGUAAAAUAGUGGUCUGUACACAGUGCAGAACAAUGUUUCUAGCCACUCUUUUGAGUCACUUAGCAGCCUACUGCUCAACCUCUAGUGUCCCUGGAUUCUGAGGUAUCUGCUGUUGCUACCACUGUGCACCUGAAUUUCCAGCACAUCUGAAAACUCACAACCAAGAAAAUCCAUUCUAUUUUCUUAUCUUGGACUCAUCCCCUGUCCUUGCAUUACUCUGUACACCUCAUGCUUCUACACUGGAAAGAAUAUUGAGGAAAGGAUCUCGUCUUCAGGCAUUUAGUAACUUGAAGGCUGUACAGAUAUAUUUUUUUCAAAAGAACAAAAUUCACAGUAUGAAGUAUGUAAGAAACAGGACUUCCUCAUUCUAAAGUCUUGCUUGGAAGAAUACAGAACUAGUUUUACUUGGAUUUUUUUCGUGUUUCAUAUUCACAUUAGCAAGUUUUGUGUCACUUGUCAUUCAACAGUAAAAUUUCUAAGCAUUUGCUUUCAGUAUCUUUUAAAUAUUUACUGUUGCUUGGCCCUGUACAAUUUAUCCAGGAUGUUUAUUAGGAUUCUAAUGUGUUCACUGACAUGUGGAGGUGAUAAAUGAAUACCCCAAUCUUUAACUAGAGAUAUAAUGGCUAAUUUAUGAAGGGGCUACACUACUACGAAAACAGCUUUGAAUAAAUGUACUAACAAGUAAGUGUUCUUUUUUUUACACAUUUUAUGAAGGCCUGUGUAUACUUUCAAUUGCUUGUGGGCACAAUUUCUGUAAGUUUAAAUAUUUGAGCUUUAAAAAUAUACACAUGUUCAGUUUUGUAAUUAAACCUGUAAAAUACCCAGAAAGGUAAAUGUUCAGUUUAACACCACAACUUUACAAUGUAAUAUUGCUAUUUCUGAGGAGUUAUCACAUGAAAACACAGCAGAGGUGGUGUGAAAAAUAUUGUCAUUCCAUAGCAUAUGCUGGGUGAAUUAACUUGCCUACAAUAAAGUAAAAUGUUCAAAGAGCUCCUGACUCUAAUCAUAUCAUAUACACGACACUAUAUGCAUGAAAGCUCUCUGCACGGAACAAAGGGACUUAGCCUUCACUCAGAAUCCGAGCUACAUCCAGCCCUGCCACUAUUGGCUACUUACCCUAACUGAAAUCCCACUUAAAUCAUAAGAAUACACUGUAGAUAUCUGUAAAUAGGGAGAAAACAUGUCAUCAUCUCCACCCCCCCCCACCACCACCUUUUCCAGUGAGGCCAUUUGUAAACUUUAUUUGGACAUCUGAGGAUAUAUACAGUUUUACUUUAUCUAGUCCGAAAGUUCUUCAUCACUUUAAGAUUUACAGAAUAAUAUCAACUUAAAAAGCUAUUUUCUGAUAUAAUUUCCAGAUAUAUAUCAUAUGGUUUAAGUUCUAACUCUUAAAGUAUUAGUGGACGAUACUAACAUAUUUCCUUUUGUUUGUUACUAUCUAUAGUCUAGUAGUCCAUUUGGAAGUUUUGCCCAUGAGUGUCAGAUUAAUGAUGGAAAUGAACUAACUUUCCGGUCCUUCAUUGUGAAUUUAAUCCAGUGAACUACUAUAUAUAUAAAUGAGCUGAAGUACUGUCUAAAGAAAAAUCAAUUUAAUCUAUUUGCUUAGAGUAAUAAAAUAUCUGUGCAAUUCCCUAAUCGAUUUAUCUGGUCUUUCAUUAUAAGGCAUAAGAUGUAUACCUUUUCACAUAUAUAAAGUACAAAUAAAAUGUCAGCAUGAAAUGAAAAUAAUCAGAUAAAUAAAUUAUACAGAUAACAACAUUGAAAGCUUAACAGAAUUAACAAUCUUUAAAGGCUAAAGCAAGGAGGGGGUAGCAAGUGCCCAUAAUUCCAGCACUGGGGAGGCUUACACAGAAGUUCAGCCUGACCUCAUCUCAACCACCCUUUACCCUUAACCCUGCCCCACCCCACAAAAGGCUAAAAUAUGCAUUGCAAACAAAGCCUUGAGUGGUGACACAUCUAUAAUCCUCAUGGGAAACUAAGGCAGAAGGAUACUGAGUUUGAGGCAGUCUGGGCUAGACUUAUAGCAAGACUGACUCCAAAAAAUAAAAUCUUGCAAUCCAACUCUUUCCUUUCUCAUUGAGUCUUAGAACACUAUGCACACUAAGGUUAAAGCUUCUCAAACCCACCUGAAAGAAUUUGCAACUGUAAAUCAAAUAUAAGCAUUAUUGGUCAAUUGUGGAAGCAGCCAGUUCUUAUACAUACAUACACACAUACACACAUACACACACACACAUGCAUGUGCAUGCCAAAGUAAAUAACAAUACAUUUCAGUUAUAUCCUUGUGAAAAAUAAUUCCAUACAUUCUCAUUUUCUGUUCAGAAAUCCUUGGCAGAGAACAAAGGGAACAUGGGAGGCAGCCAUUAUUACACUGGUUUCAGGCCAGACAAACACAAACUACAAAUUUUGUGCCGGGUUUCCUAAAGACCUGACACUUCAAGAGCAGAGCAUCAAACAUCAUUCAGGCAUAUGGCAAUGUUUCAAGGAACCUCGGCUGUCUGCAAAGCCAUCUCUUUGGCUAAUAAGGAAUUCAGGUCAGAAUAGAUCAAAGAAUUUGUACAAAUGCACUGCUAGCUGAUGGAUCAGGCCUGCAGCCCACACUUUGUGCUCAGUCCAUUGCUCCUUUAAAGAUUCUUCGUUUUAGGUUUUAAAGAUUUAAGGAGAACUGUAGGAGAAUUUGUGAGAUUAAAAAAAAAAAUCAGAUAAACCCACAUUUGGAAUCAAGAUGAAAAAGUCAGAUGAGAUAUAAUGGAAACUCAUGACAGUCAAGAAGUUAGUCUAGAACUACCACCCUGAAAACAAAUCAAUCAAAAGGGCCUCCCGGUCUGAUGAGAUGGCUCAGCCAGUUUGCCUUAAAUCCCUGUAUCCCACGUAGAGACAGGAGGAGAAAACUAACACCACAAAGUUGUCCUCCGACCUCCACACAGUCACCGCGGCACAUGCACCUCCACCACACACACAUAAUAUACACACAAAUAAUAAUAACCUUUUUUUUUUUUUUUUU